AUGAAUGCCCCCGGAUCCGUCAUUCUUGACUACACCCUCCACGACCUAUACGCCAUAGACAAUGAGGGCGAAGAAAUAUCACUUGUCUACGCCUAUGCGCCACCCCCCAACACCCAACCCACGUCUUCUACACCAGCUCUCACCAGAUACCCCGUCCAGGCACCAUUAUGUCCGGCCCAUGGCAAAGAAGAGCUAGCGCAGAUUCUCUUUCAUGCUACUGCACAGCGCUUCGGCUUCUUCUCUGGUCCGAUGCGUAUCAUCGUCUUUGACCUCGACCUCGACCUCGACCCUGACCAUGGCCAUGCCACCACCAUCCCCCGUCACCAUAGCGAUAUACUCGAAGUAUUUAAUCAAUUGCCACCCCAUCAACGGCCUCUCCCUAUAUACACCCGCCAUCCGCAAGACCUCGUCCUGAGCCCUAAAUCACGGCUCGCCGUCACAGUCCCGCUCGACUGGCUCACCCAUCUCCCACACACCAUCGACCCCAGUGCGCACUAUAACCUCCUCUCCAAACGCGGACUUGCAGAGUCGGGGCUGCCGACACCCAGAACCAUCGUCAUCGACACCGUGCUCUCCCCCAGUCAUCCAUUUACUGACCGCGACCUCCAUGAAGAAAUCACUCGCAUGACACAGCCAAUCCGCGACCACGGCCUACCGUUUAUCCUCAAAGUCCCUCGCGUGACAAGUAUAGGUCAAAACACGUUUAUUAUACGCACCAAAAGCGACCAAACGGCAGUAGAUACACUAUUCCGUGACGAGGUAAAAUCCAUGCUCCUUGAAUUGACACCAUCGAACGAGCACCUUCGCCCCUGUAACUUGAUUCUCCAGGAGAUGGUGACCGGCGACACCGUCGGGCUCACGUUCUUCGUCACGAAAACCGGACGGGCACUCUUCAAUUGCUGUACCAGACAGGAAGUCGACGAUGCGUACCGCUGGUCCGGCGGGUUCAUUUCAUAUAAUGAGCAAUCCGCGCUGGAAAGCCACUACCGAAGGACAAUCAACACCGUGGCACAGUUUCUCCACGACAAGGGUUACUUCGGACCUGCUAGCGUGGACGUCAUGACAGAUGAGAACGGGACUCAACUGGUGGUUGAUCUGAAUGUGCGUAUCACCGGGACUUAUCACUUGGGCGCGCGUUGCGGGGGCAUUUUACUCGGCGUGGGUUCGUCGAGGCUGCAGCCCUGGCGAAUCGGCGAUUGA